AAAUAUUUUACAAUGAAUUCGUAUAAAGAUUAUAUGGAUCCAGGAUUUCAACCUCAAAUAAUUACUAUCGCACGGUUGCGUGAAAUAUUAGAUGCUCAUAAUAUACAUUAUACUGGUAGAGAAAAGAAGGCUGGUUUAAUAAGAAUUUUUAAUACUCAAAUUCGACCGCUUAUACCUUUACGAGAAAAGGAAACUGGACUUACUUUAACUUCAGAAAUAAAACCAGAUUCAUAUUCAGUUCGUUCAUCACCACGUAGAUGGUCAAUUACUUUUCGUUAUGGUGUAGUUUUUGUAAUGUUGACAAUUUUAAUUGGAUUUUUGAUGAACUAUGAUUUGGGUGCUAGCUUUUGUGAUGAUGCUGAUUUUUCGAAUGUUUCAGUCAAUUACGAUGGAGUACCAAAAGCUACUUGCAUUCCUUGCCCAUCUCAUGUUCAUUGUUCAAAGGAUAACGCCAUCUCGUGUGAUAAAGGUUUCAUAUUAGUAUCAUCUUCGAUUCAAUGGCUUAAACCUUUUACCAGUAGAUGUAUACUUGAUCUUAGUCUUGCGCGAAAAGUUAAAAUGUAUACCGAGCUACUUAAAAGUAUUGUUGCCGAAGAAACUGGAAAAUUUGAAUGCGAAAAUGGUCUUCGAGAGAAUUUAUUGUUUCAAAAUCUCCUUGUUCCACUUCGUAACAAGAAAUUAGUAAUUAUGGAUACCGACCAGGAUUUUGAAAUGUUUACUCGUCUUGCGUUAGAAUACUUGAAAUCUGAUGAUGACGUUGAAGUUACAUAUGAAAAAGAGUAA